UUUCCGUUCAGAGUAUAAAAAUGCAGCCAGAAAACUUGAAAAGAACAUUUUGCUCACUGUGUCUAAAUACUAUAAGCGAUAUAAAUUGCGAUGUAUCAGGAGAAGUUCUAAAAGACGUACUGGAAGCUGUUUUUCCGAAUGUGUAUUUGAAGGAUAUAGAUAAACAUCCAAUAUGUAACACGUGUUCCGUAAAAUUGUUUGCUGCGUUUAAUUUUAAGUCUGCAUGUAUGAAUACUGAGAAUAUUAUUUUUUCUCAUAUUAAUACUAAUAAUACAUCAGUAAUUGAUCUAAAAGAAGUUUAUCGAAAGGAGAAUGGAAAUAUUCAAUUAAUCAAUAUAUCAGAAGAUCAAAGAUUUUGUCGGUUAUGUAUGCAGUUGGUAACAUAUGGAUUUGUGUCAGUAAAUAAAGUGGACGUUGACAUAAUCCAUACAUAUCUACCACAAGUUAUCUUUGGCGCUACCAGCCAUCCUGUUAUAUGUGGAUCAUGUUUUGAUUCGCUUCGUACCCAUGGUGCUUUUUUAAAGAACUGCCUUAAUGCACUUAAAAAAUUUAAAAACAUUGAUAAACAGAGCCACAUUAAAACUGAUGACAUUUCAAUAAAACUGGAAGAAGAUUGUCAGGAUGCACAGGAGAAACAUGAAAACAUUGACAUUCAGUCUUAUAUUAAAUCUGAAGAGAUUGAAAUAAAGAUAGAGAAAUAUGAUCUAGAUGGCAAUCCACCUUCAUUCGAUUUAGAUAAUGAAACAGUUGAAAACAAGAGAUCCAUUUGUGAAAAUAUAGAGGAAAUAAAGUUUGAAUGUAUAUAUAAAUACGAAACGGGAUUAAACGAAAAUUGUAAUGAAGAAAUACCCAGAAGCAAAAAGCCUAGAUUUCAGAAUUGUGAGCCUUCAUUAGAUACAUCAUUGCACCAAUGUGAUAAAUGUAAAGUUAAGCUUAAAACUAAUCUGAAACGGCAUCAGUUAAUACAUAAAAGCUUUUCAGAAGUCAAGACGUACAAGUGUGAUAUAUGUAGUUAUGAAACUAAAUAUAAGAAUCAUUUAAAAGAACAUCAGUUAUGGCACAAAGACCCUUCAGAAAUCCAAAUGUACAAAUGUGAAACUUGUACUUACGAAACCAAAUAUAAGAAAGCUCUAAAAGUUCAUCAAAUAUUACACAAAGACCCUUUAGAAAUCCAAAUGUACAAAUGUGAUAUUUGUACUUACGAGACUAAAUAUAAGGGAUACAUAAAAGAGCAUCAGUUAAAACACAAAAACCCUUCAGAAGUCCAAAUGUACAAGUGUGAUGCCUGUAGUUUUGAAACUAAACGUAAGAGUCAUGUCAAAAGGCAUCAGUUGUUGCACAGAAAUCCUUCAGAAAUCCACAUGUACAAAUGCGAUAUUUGUACUUAUGAAAGUAGAUAUAAAGAAGAUCUAACAGCACAUCAGUUAAUACAUAAAGACCAUUCAGAAAUUAAAAUGUACAAAUGUGAUACUUGUCCUUAUGAAGCUAAACAGAGGAGAUAUCUAAAAGAUCAUCAGUUAGUUCACAAAGAUCCUUCNUUUAAUUUUAAGUCUGCAUGUAUGAAUACUGAGAAUAUUAUUUUUUCUCAUAUUAAUACUAAUAAAACAUCAGUAAUUGAUCUAAAAGAAGUUUAUCGAAAGGAGAAUGGAAAUAUUCAAUUAAUCAAUAUAUCAGAAGAUCAAAGAUUUUGUCGGUUAUGUAUGCAGUUGGUAACAUAUGGAUUUGUGUCAGUAAAUAAUGUGGACGUUGACAUAAUCGAUACAUAUCUACCACAAGUUAUCUUUGGCGCUACCAGCAAUCCUGUUAUAUGUGGAUCGUGUUUUGAUUCGCUUCGUACCCAUGGCGCUUUUUUAAAGAACUGCCUUGAUGCACUUAAAAAAUUUAAAAGCAUUGAUAAACAGAGCCACAUUAAAACUGAUGACAUUUCAAUAAAACUGGAAGAAGAUUGUCAGGAUACACAUGAGAAACAUGAAAACAUUGACAUUCAGUCUUAUUUUAAAUCUGAAGAGAUUGAAAUAAAGAUAGAGAAAUAUGAUCUAGAUGGCAAUCCACCUUCAUACGAUUUAGAUAAUGAAACAGUUGAAAACAAGAGAUCCAUUUGUGAAAAUAUAGAGGAAAUUAAGUGUGAAUGUAUAUAUAAAUAUGAAACGGGAUUAAACGAAAAUUGUUAUGAAGAAGUACCCAAAAGCAAAAAGCCUAGAUUUCAGAAUUGUGAGCUUUUAUUAGAUACACCAUUGUACCAAUGUGAUAAAUGUAAAGUUAAGCUUAAAACGAAUCUGAAACGGCAUCAGUUAAUACAUAAAAGCUUUUCAGAAGUCAAAACGUACAAGUGUGGUACGUGUAGUUAUGAAACUAAAUAUAAGAAUCAUUUAAAAGAUCAUCAGUUAUGGCACAAAGACUCUUCAGAAAUCCAAAUGUACAAAUGUGAAACUUGUACUUACGAAACUAAAUAUAAGAAAGCUCUAAAAGUUCAUCAAAUAUUACACAAAGACCCUUUAGAAAUCCAAAUGUACAAAUGUGAUAUUUGUACUUACGAGACUAAAUAUAAGGGAUACAUAAAAGAGCAUCAGUUAACACACAAAAACCCUUCAGAAGUCCAAAUGUACAAGUGUGAUGCCUGUAGUUUUGAAGCUAAACGUAAGAAUCAUCUCAAAAGGCAUCGGUUGUUGCACAGAAAUCCUUCAGAAAUCCACAUGUACAAAUGUGAUAUUUGCACUUAUGAAAGUAGAUAUAAAGAAGAUCUAACAGUACAUCAGUUAAAACAUAAAGACCAUUCAGAAAUCCAAAUGUAUAAAUGUGAUACUUGUAUUUACGAAACUAAAUACAAAAGUUGUCUGAAAAAGCACCAGUUAAUGCACAAGGACUCUUCGGAAAUCCAAAUGUACAAAUGUGAUACUUGUGAUUAUGAAAGCAAAUAUAAGAAAGGUCUAAAAAUUCAUCAAUUAUCUCACAAAGAUUCUUCAGAAAUCCAAAUGUACAAAUGUGAUAAUUGUUCUUAUGAAACUAAAUUUAAGAAUCAUCUAAACGUACAUCAGUUAACACACAAAGACCCUUCAGAAAUCCAAAUGUACAAAUGUGAUAUAUGUGCUUAUAAAAGUAAAUAUAAGAAAGGUCUAAAAGUCCAUCAAUUAUCACACAAAGACCCAUCGGAAAUCCACAUGUACAAGUGUGAUAGUUGUGUUUAUGAAACUAAAUAUAAAGGUAUUCUAAAAUAUCAUCAGUUAAUACACAAAGACAAUUUGGAAGUUCAGAUAUACAAGUGUGAUAUUUGUACAUUUGGAACUAAGUUUAAAAGAAAUCUAAAAUCGCAUCAAUUAAAACACAAAGAUUCUUCAGAAAUCCAAAUGUACAAAUGUGAGGUUUGCACCUACGAAACUAAAUAUAAAAAUGGUUUAAAUAAGCAUCAGUUGAUACACAAAGAUAGUUUGGAAGUACAGAUCUACAAGUGUGAUAGAUGUACUUAUGAAACCAGGCGUAAAAAUAAUCUCAAAAAUCAUCAGUUGUCUAAGCAUAAAAAUCAAGACUCAAUUGUUCAAUUGUAAUAUGUGCAGUUUUUAAACUAAAUAUAUAAGGGCUUUUUAAAGAAAUAUUUAAAUAAUGUGAUAAUGUUAUACUUAUAUUUGUCUAUGUUACUAUUAUUAUUAUUAUAAAUACGUUAGAUAUUAUGUGUACCUACAGUGUAG